UUUUCAGUUAGGUUAUAAAAUAUAUCAAAUUGAUAUCAAACUUCAAAGCAAGCUAGCUAGCUACAUAUAAAGUAAUCUGUGAUCAAAGCUAUCGUAGAUGUAUUAUCAUAAUUUUUGGCCAUCGUGGACGUUUGUGAAUAAUUCAAACAAAUCUCCCGUUAUAGUGAUUAUAAAGUUACGCUUCUAACGUCAUCUAAAAGAUGUUUUACAGAAACAUUUUAUUAACUUUCUUAAAAUCAAGAUCAUCUUUACGGACAUAUAAUGAUGUUUUCACGAUUUUCGGUAAUUACAGAAGUGUUAUACCAUUAUCAACAACCAGGCUCGCGUUGAAAGAUGAAAAGGUGAAAGUGAUCUUCAACCUGGUCGAUGGGAGGAAGUUAGAAGCGGAGGGCAAGGUCGGCGACUCUCUUCUAGACGUGGUCGUUAACAACGACCUUGAUAUAGAAGGGUAUGGAGCAUGUGAAGGUACGGUUACCUGUUCAACCUGCCACGUUGUUCUGAAAAAGGAAGACUACGACAGAUUGCCAGAAGAGGCCGCAGAUGAAGAACGCGACAUGUUGGACCUAGCGUACGGUUUGACGGACACGUCGAGACUUGGCUGCCAAGUGAUCUUGACCAAGGAGUUGGAUGGCCUCGAGGUGCAAGUCCCAGAGAGCGUCAACGACGCUAGGAGCUGAUGACAACCAGAAAUAGACCUUAAUCUGUCGCACGAGCUUGUUAUCCGACACUAGGAAAUUUUUAGGGUGGUUUAUAUCAUUAGUUAAAAAACUUUUUUUUAAUACAGACUGUUAAUAUCAUGAUUGCUAAAACUUAAAAAAAAUCUUUUUUUAAAAGAAAGCAAUUAUAAUCUUCGAAUUUGUGUCACGAUUGUUAAAAUUAUAAAAGAUUGUUUUUUUUUUUUGUUAACGGAUAGCUAAAAACUUCGAGUUUAACUCAAUAUGGUCGUGUAACGCUUUAACGAUUUUUUGGAUUCGUUUGUAAGUCAAAAUGUGCAAAUAAUAUCCAAUGUAACAAAUAUUAUAAAAGUAUACACAGAAA